CCUCAACCGACGCGGGCCCCGCAUCCUGCGCUGCCCGUAGGCCCCAGCAGCCGGGAGGCCGGCCGGCGGGCCUCUCGCCCUAGCCACGACGUCCCCACCCCAAGUCCCCCGUGAAGGAAGAUGAGGGAGACGGGCCCGGCGUUUAGCAGGCAGAGCAGCAGCAGAAGCAGCAGCAGCAGCAGCGGUCGGGGAAGGGUGUCUCGCCGUUUCCUCUCAGCCGCCAGGACAAGAUGGCAGCGGCCGCGGAGAGGGGCUGAGCCCGGGUUGGGUGGUGCCGCCUGCUGAAGCGCCUGGCUCCCUGUCCCCGGCACGGCCCCACACCCCACCCCGGACAUGCUCAGGGCUGCGGCCGCCCGAAGAGGGGAGAGCGCGGGCCUCUAGGAAGGUAUGGCCUCACAAGUCUUGGUCUACCCACCAUAUGUUUAUCAAACUCAGUCAAGUGCCUUUUGUAGUGUGAAGAAACUCAAAGUAGAGCCCAGCAGUUGUGUAUUCCAGGAAAGAAACUAUCCACGGACCUAUGUGAAUGGUAGAAACUGUGGAAAUUCUCAUCCUCCCACGAAGAUACUGUUUAAUAGACCUCGAGGACACAACUUUUCGUUGCAGACAAGUGCUGUUGUUAUAAAAAACACUGCAGGUGCUACAAAGGUGAUAGCGGCUCAGGCGCAGGCAGCCCCGGUGGAGGCACCUCCGGUUGGAGUGUGGCGGAGCAGAUUCCAUUUCCUCGAAGGCACCCAGCGAUGUGGAUUGAAGCGCAAGAGUGAGGAGUUGGAUAAUCAUAGCAGCGCAAUGCAGAUUGUUGAUGAAUUGUCCAUACUUCCUGCAAUGUUGCAAACUAACAUGGGAAACCCAGUGACAGUUGUGACAGCUACCACAGGAACCAAACAGAGUUGUACCACCGGAGAAGGUGACUAUCAGUUAGUGCAACAUGAAGUCCUUUGCUCCAUGAAAAAUACUUAUGAAGUCCUUGAUUUUCUUGGUCGAGGUACUUUUGGCCAGGUAGUUAAAUGCUGGAAAAGAGGGACAAAUGAAAUUGUGGCAAUCAAGAUUUUGAAGAACCACCCUUCUUAUGCACGUCAAGGUCAAAUAGAAGUAAGCAUAUUAGCAAGGCUCAGUACUGAGAAUGCGGAUGAAUAUAACUUUGUACGCGCUUAUGAAUGUUUUCAGCACCGUAACCAUACUUGUUUAGUCUUUGAGAUGCUGGAACAAAAUUUAUAUGACUUUCUGAAACAGAAUAAAUUCAGUCCUCUGCCUCUAAAAGUGAUACGGCCCAUUCUACAGCAAGUGGCUACUGCACUGAAAAAAUUGAAAAGUCUUGGUUUAAUACAUGCUGACCUCAAACCAGAGAACAUUAUGUUGGUGGAUCCUGUUCGACUGCCAUAUAGGGUUAAAGUAAUAGAUUUUGGGUCGGCCAGUCACGUAUCAAAGACUGUUUGUUCGACAUAUCUACAAUCUCGGUACUACAGAGCUCCAGAGAUUAUAUUGGGGUUGCCAUUUUGUGAAGCCAUAGACAUGUGGUCAUUGGGAUGUGUGAUAGCAGAAUUAUUCCUUGGAUGGCCGCUCUACCCAGGAGCCUUGGAGUAUGAUCAGAUUCGAUACAUUUCUCAGACUCAAGGUUUACCAGGAGAACAGUUGUUAAAUGUGGGUACAAAAUCCACGAGAUUCUUUUGUAGAGAAACAGAUAUGUCUCAUUCUGGUUGGAGAUUAAAGACACUGGAAGAACAUGAGGCAGAGACGGGAAUGAAGUCAAAAGAAGCCAGAAAGUACAUUUUCAACAGUCUCGAUGACAUAGCGCACGUGAACACAGUGAUGGAUUUGGAAGGAAGUGAUCUUUUGGCUGAGAAAGCUGAUAGAAGAGAAUUUGUUAGUCUGUUGAAGAAAAUGUUGCUGAUUGAUGCUGAGCUGAGAAUUACUCCAGCUGAGACUCUGAACCACCCUUUUGUUAAUAUGAAACAUCUUCUAGAUUUCCCGCACAGCAACCAUGUGAAGUCCUGUUUCCAUAUUAUGGAUAUUUGUAAAUUUCACCCAAAUUCAUGUGACACAAAUAAUCACAAUAAAACUUCACUUUUAAGACCAGUAGGUUCAAGCAGUACUGCUACGCUGACAGCAAAUUUUACUAAAAUUGGAACAUUAAGAAGUCAGGCAUUGACCACAUCUGCUCACUCAGGUGUGCAUCACGGAAUACCCUUGCAGGCAGGAACUGCUCCGUUUGGGUGUGGAGAUGCUUUUCAGCAAACACUGAUCAUCUGCCCGCCAGCUAUUCAAGGUAUUCCUGCAACACAUGGUAAACCCACUAGUUACUCAAUAAGGGUAGAUAAUACAGUCCCACUUGUAACUCAGGCCCCAGCUGUGCAGCCACUUCAGAUCCGGCCGGGAGUUCUUUCCCAGACAUGGUCUGGUAGAACACAACAGAUGUUGGUACCUGCCUGGCAACAGGUGACACCCAUGGCUCCUGCUGCUACUACACUCACCUCUGAGGGUAUGGCUGGAUCCCAGAGGCUUGGAGACUGGGGGAAAAUGAUUUCACACAGCAGCCAUUACAACUCAGUGAUGCCACAACCUGUUCUGACCAAUCAGAUAACUCUGUCUGCGCCUCAACCAAUUAGUGUGGGCAUUGCCCAUGUUGUGUGGCCUCAGCCUACCACUACCAAGAAAAAUAAACCAUGCCAGAACAGAGGUAUUUUGGUAAAACUAAUGGAAUGGGAGCCAGGAAGAGAGGAAAUAAAUGCUUUCAGUUGGAGUAAUUCUUUACAGAAUACCAAUAUCCCACAUUCAGCAUUUAUUUCUCCAAAGAUAGUAAGUGGGAAGGAUGUGGAGGAAGUCAAUUGUAUAGAAACACAAGACAAUCAUAACACAGAAGGAGAGGCAAGAGAUUGCUGUGAAACAUCCAUCAGGCAGGACUCUGAUUCGUCAGUUUCCGACAAACAGCGGCAAACCAUCAUCAUCGCAGAUUCCCCCAGUCCUGCAGUGAGCGUGAUCACAAUUAGCAGUGACACUGACGAGGAGGAGACCGCCCAGAGACAUUCACUCAGAGAAUGUAAAGGCAGUCUAGACUGUGAAGCUUGCCAGAGCACUUUGAACAUUGACCGGAUGUGUUCACUGAGUAGUCCUGACAGUACUCUGAGCACCAGCUCCUCGGGGCAGUCCAGCCCCUCCCCUUGCAAGAGACCCAACAGUAUGUCAGAUGAAGAGCAAGAAAGUGGGUGUGAUACUGUGGAUGGUUCUCCGACUUCAUCAGACUCCUCGGGGCAUGACAGUCCGUUUGCAGGGAGCACUUUUAUGGAGGACAGUCAUCAAAACACAGAACUGGUGACCUCUGCUGACCCAGAAGCCAAGCCAGCUGUUUGCACUGUUGUAGUGCCGCCAAUGGGACUUGAAAAUGGCCUAACUGCCGAGGAACAUGUGGCUAACACAGAUUCUAUAUGCCAGCCAUUAAUAAAAGGGCGAUGUGCCCCAGGAAGAUUAAACCAGCCUUCUUCGGUGGGUAAUCGUCACCAAAAAUUGCCAUCAGCAUUCCAGCAGCAACAUUUAAACUUCAGUCAGGUACAGCAUUUCGGAUCUGGGCAUCAAGAGUGGAAUGGAAACUUUGGGCAUCGGAGACAGCAAGCUUACAUCCCUGCUAGCGUUACCAGUAAUCCAUUCACCCUUUCUCACGGAAGUCCCAAUCACACAGCAGUGCAUGCCCACCUGGCUGGAAAUACGCACAUCGGAGGACAGCCUACUCUGCUUCCUUACCCAUCAUCAGCUCCCCUCAGUAGUGCUGCACCAGUCGCCCACCUCUUAGCCUCUCCAUGUACCUCAAGACCUAUGUUACAGCAUCCAGCUUAUAAUAUCUCCCAUCCCAGUGGCAUAGUUCACCAAGUCCCAGUGGGCAUAAAUCCCCGUCUGUUACCAUCCCCAACCAUUCAUCAGACUCAGUACAAACCAAUCUUCCCACCACAUUCUUACAUUGCAGCAUCACCUGCUUAUACUGGAUUUCCAUUGAGUCCAACAAAACUCAGCCAGUAUCCAUAUAUGUGAAAACUCAAAAACAGUAUAUUGAGGAAGCUCAAUGAUACAAACAUUUGAUUAAAAAUAAAACAUGGUAUUUAAUAAAUAUUAGCCAUGGCACAAGAAAAUUAUUUUUGAAUCAUGUAGACUUGGGUGCAAUUUAAACAACUUUGAGCUUUAAAAAAAACUCACUUUUAAUGUGUUUUGCACAUUUGGUAUAACUUGUCUUUGGUCAUGUUAUCUUCUUAUGUAGUAACUAUAGACAGGUGACUUAUAGGAGCAGAAGUCCAGUUUUGCUCCUGAUAUUUUUUAUAAAAUUGCCUUCUAACUAGUGCAAGACACGUCCACAUUUGGGAAGCCAUUCUGUGUACAGACUUAGAGCAAAUGAUGCACAUGUGUCAGAAUUACAGCAUACAAGUGAAUUGUAUUAUCUGUGUCUUAGUGUAUAAAUGUUGGUCACUUACCUAAGAAAUUGAGCUAUUGUUCUUUACAUUUGCAUGUGUCUUUUGCAUGGGCAAAAUAUUGCCUAGACUUUGCUCUUAAAUGUUGUUCUAAUAAUCUCAGCUGCAUUGUAAACCGUUCCCACACAUAGUGCCUUAAAUAUUUGAGGUUGUUAAUGUUAUUACUUAUAUAUAAAUGUUGAGGACUGCAGCACUUAAACUUCAGACCUAUUCUUUCAUGUUCUUUUGGUAGAGUAAUGGUCAUUUUUGGUUUUGUGUGGUAUGAUUUCAGGUAGUGGCUGCCUUUUCCUUACUAAGAAGGCAGUAUGUUUGCUAUAGCUGAAUUCUGCUGUCUGAUUUUUCAGAAUGAUCGAACUUCAAGAAAAGCAAGCAGUUAGUAGUGCUUAAGAAAAUCUGAUUCAGUAUCUAAUGGAUAGUUGAUAACUGUCACAGCACAGCAUUUUAUACUGUUAAGUGAAACUGCAAUACAAUCUAAGUUUAUUUUGGGGAGUGUUUGCUGUAUAAUUGGACUUGAUGAAAUGUUUAGAGGUGCAGUAGGCAUGACUUUGAGUAGAUAAUGAAAGAAAAUGCAAAAUGAUCAUUGAUUCAUGAUGUGGUUUCAUCUUAGCUUGGGCAAACCAUGCAGUAUUUAAUAACUAGUAGCAGAAUAUUUACUAUUGAAGCUUGAAAAGAUGUGAGUUCUUUGUGUGCAAUUUUUCAGUUAUGCAUGUGAGAGGGAUUUUUUAAAAAGUAUUUUUACAUUGUAGUAUUUGUUUUGCUUGUUGGUGGUGUUUGCUUAUUUAAUACAUUCCGUCAGGGACAGAAAUUACAUGCUUUUUUUUUUUUUCCUAGGGAGUGUGUCUUGGGUUUCCCCCCUAUUUUUCUUUCUUUCUUUCUUCUUCUUUUUUCUUUUUUUGUGGUGGUAGUAAUGUUUAAAUGAAGUUGCUUUUACAGCACCAAAGACUUAAUCAUCCAUUUCCUAUAUAAAAGGUAGCUACUUUUUGCAUAGACCUCAAGUAUAUUGUAGUAUAGAGGUGGAAUUUAAGGAAAGGUAUUAAACUGAGGCUGUGUUCUAGCUUACAGGCAAGUAAUAAAUUGUAUCAUUUAUCUUGAAUGUAUCAUAGAUAAGCUGCUAUAUAACGAUUGCCACUUCAGAUAGCUGUGAAAUUAGGUGAUUAACUAGUUGUUACUUAGCCUUCUAAUUUCUGUAUAAGUCUAAUUACAUGAAAUAGAAGUUGGGGUUUGAUUUUUUUACUUUGCUUUUCUGUUUGGAGUGUCAUUGUAACUACUGUAUUGUAAAUGAUGGAAAAAUUGCAUAUAUUAUUUUGGGUGUGUUAUUUGCAUCAGUAUUUUAUCUCUUAAUGUUUGUGCUCAUCACUGCAUAUGAAAAACUUGGAUGUAUCAGUGUAACUUAAUUUUUUAUUUUCAUACUGGCAUUGUAGACACUUGAGAAAGCUGUAUCUUGCAGGCUUGACUUAACUUUUUUCCUUAAAAAUCUGGAAUAUAAUCCUACAGCAUUUACUGGAAUAAAUAGUACAAAACAUUGGAGUGUAAAACUCCAUAUGUUUAGGAUUUACAGCAUUUCUUUGAUAAAUGAAUUGCAUACCACUAGUACAGCAUUGACAAUAAGCUAAUAAUGGAUAAACCUUUCUUUACUCCAUUAACACAAGCAGUGUUUUAUUUAAUAAUCAUCAAUGAAAUAAAUGUGCCUGAAAUUGAUUUUAAAAAUUUACAGUAUUAGGUCAUAAAACAAAAACCAGCAGUACGUUUUCAGUCACACUGAAAAUGAAGGACUUAAUUUUCCCCACAAGUUUCAGUGUUUUUAGUAAUCAAUUCUAUGCAUUUUAUAUAAUAUAGAAGUAUAUAUAUAAUACACAUAAGUAAGUAGCCUAAGAUUAAUUUAAAAGAUUAUUUACAUAUGAUAAAUUUAUGGAGUCACUAUUUAAGUAAAUUUGCUGCCCUUCACAGCCUUCUGAUUUUAUUUAUGUGGUCCAGCAGGUUGCUGGUAUCCGCUCACUGCUUGAAAGUUUCAUUAACUCCAAAUGCGAAAGAUUGAUUAUCUCACAGCAGGUACAGACUGGUGCAGUUUUCUUUAUGUUCCGGGUCAUGUUUCCUACCCUAAAAUGCCAUUUUUGAUUUAUUUAAGUUUCAAGACAGGUUACCUUGUUAAACUGACAGUAAGUGAAAAGCCUCACCAUUUUCAUGAUACCAAACUGAUGUUUAAAGGCUAAGUACAUUGCUCUUAAUUAACUACAAUCAUGGCCUUUUAAGUGUGUUUGAAAUUUUUAAGUUUCCAAAACUUGCUAAAUUUUUAGUCUGUCAACAAAAAAAAACUGAAUCUAUAUCAUUUUUAGGAACUUUUUUUGUCAGAUUUGUUUUUAAAGUUGUCUUAAAUAAAACACUGCAUGAUUUCCAAGUUGCAUAUUUGCAUACUAUUUUUUUAAUUUGCAAAUUUUAUUUUGAUCAAAUAUGUGAUACUUAGUUGUUGUCUUCAGAGUGUUUAAUUAUUUUUACUAUAUCUGCAAACUUCGUUUUUAAAAUCUCUUGCUAGUUUUAAACAUGGUUUGUGUUCAGUGGAAGUUAAAUCAUACACUGCAAGGUGUAGGAAGAUCUGUUUUAAUGAACCCGAUGAUAUAGAUUUGAUUACCAAGUUUGAAAACUGUUAACUGUUUAACAAUUUUAGACUUGUGGCUUUCUUUCUUUGGUUGGUUUGUUUUUGCUUUUAUUCUAUGCUACACUAGUUUGCCAUGUAGCAAUUGCACUGUGCAAUAUUUCAAUAAGGACUGGGACAAUUUUUAUGGAUGUAAUGUCUAUUACGGUUUGCGAUAGUAUUUCUCUCUAGUUCUCAGUGAUUUAAAUGUGACCAAGCCUUCUGUACUUUGUCACACAAAGCGGGUUUUCCAGGUGACUAUUUUGGUGAGUGUCAAAAUAAGAAUUUAUGGUGUAUUACUGUCGAUUCACUUUGAAUUAAAAUAUAUAUAUUGCAGCAAA